AUGGCAGAGAAAGCUCUUUUGGAUAGUUUCCUGUGCUGUCACAUUUGUUCAGAGACUUUCAGAGAGCCUGUUUCUCUGGGCUGCAACCACAGCUUCUGUUCCAGCUGCCUGGACAAUUUCUGGGAUCAGAAUAAAAACAAGAACUGUCCGGUUUGUAAGAGGAAAUGUUCUAAAGGAUUAGGAAUGAACUUUUCACUGAAAGAGCUAGCUGACAAAUAUGCAGGGAGAGAGAAAGCAGGGGAGUCCAGGGACAGGACUGAAGAAGGAAGAAAAGAUAAAUACUGUAUUCCAGAUGAAGACAGAGAGUUGGUAUGUAGUAAACAUAAAGAUGAACCUAAAUGGUUCUGUGAGGUGGAGCAGAGAGCUGUGUGUCACGUCUGUGAGUCUCCUGAUGAUCACGAACACACAGUCAUUCCCUUACAACAGGCCGUGAAAGACCUGAAGGAAAAACUAACAUCUGACAUAGAGUCACUGCAGGACAAGCGUACCAAAUGUGAAGACAUAGAGGAGACAUACAAUGAAAUAGUGCAAUACUCCAAGAAGCAGCUGGUAUCCACAGAGAGACAGAUCAGGGGGGAGUUUGAGAAGCUUCACCAGUUCCUGAGAGAGGAACAGAAGGCCAGACUGGCUGCACUGAGGGAGGAAGAGGAGGAAAAGGGAAAGAUGAUCGUCAGAGAGAGGAAGAACAUUCAGGACCAGAUCACCUCUUUCACAGAAAGCAUCACUGCUGUGAAACAUGAGCUGCAGAAACAGGACGUACCAUUCCUCAAGAGCUACAAACACAUCCAGACAAGCUCCAGAGCCCAGUGCACACAGCUGGAUCCACAACUGGUCUCAGGAGUACUGAUAGACGUGGCCAAACACCUGGGCAACCUGCAGUUCAGAGUCUGGGAGAAGAUGCAAGGGAUGAUCAAUUACACUCCUGUGAUUUUGGACCCCAACACUGCAUACGGCACACUCUCACUGUCUGAUGAUCUGACCAGUGUGAGCCAGAUGGGCUCAAAGCAGCACCUCCCUGACAACCUAGAGAGGAACAUGAUUUAUGCCAUAGUUCUGGGCUCUGAGGGGUUCAGCUCAGGAAUGCACAGCUGGGAGGUACAUGUAGAGGUGGGGGACCACUCUCACUGGUAUAUAGGCGUGGCCAAAGAGUCAAUUAACAGGAAGGGGGAAGCAUCUGUAACCCCAGAGUAUGGAUACUGGGCUAUAAAGCUGAAGAGUGCUAAAUACAAUGCAGGAGAUAAGACUCUCACUCUGAAGAGGAGACCCCGGGGGAUCAAAGUACAGCUGGACUACGACAGGGGGAAGGUAUCCUUCUAUGACUCCAAAGACAUGACACACAUUCACACAUACAAUGAUACAUUUACUGAGAAACUAUACCCAUAUUUCUCUACUGGAAAGGCUGGCGAUGCCAUCCAUCCUGAUAUACAGAUCUGCCAAUCAGAGGUGUCUCUGACAGUGAAGUCCUUCCAGUGAGGUGUAUACUGUAUGUUUAGGAGGGGGUGGUAGUGGGGAAGGGUAGUAGACCCAUGUGAGAGAGCUUUGUGUUUUGGUUUAAGAUGAAUCAUUUGAUAAUGAAAGGGAUUGUUCAUUAUUAAUUCUGUUUCUUGUAGAAUAUAUUUAGAUUAGACAGAUUGAACUACAGUUUAACUUAGGGUUGUACCACAGCUCUCUCGGUGUGUUUAUUGCACUGCUGGGUUUUUGACAAAUGUUUUGCUUGUCAGCAAUCCAGUUUUCAAGAAACUGUAUGUACUGUUCAGAAUGCAUCACACAGGGAUCAUUUCUGUACUUUCAAAGUUACAUAAACUAUACACUACAUGUGUAUAGUAUGUGGACACGCCUUCAAAUUAGUGGAUUUGGCUAUUUCAGCCACACCCGUUGC